AUGUAUCUACCAAAAGAGCAUCCCGACCGUCAAGAGCGACUGGAUCUCGAGAAGAAGAUCACAUCUCAAUGGGAAACCACUACCAAAAGCACUGCAUGUAUUCCUUCAUCUAUGCGCUACCCGAAAGACCUUGAGUGGUGGCCCAUUGAGAUCUUGCGGGCCUUGGGUGAGCUCGCCGACGAAAUGCCCGGUAUCGACAACUGGAACAGCGUCUACGAUCUACUUGUAGAGGGCAACAAAGAGAGGUUAGAAGACAGUUUGAACACUUUAUCAGCAGAGAUACAACUGAGCGACAUAUCGUAUGUUCGAGAGCAGAGAUAUAACAAGGGAAAGCAGAAGAUGAUUGACACAACUACGGAUGAUGACGAAGCAGAUAUAGCUGAGCUCACAUCUGAUGAUGACGAUGUGGUCGAUCUGGCUGAUGAUACAGACGACGUGGAUGACACCAUCAAAUCCGGUGAGACUUCUGGAAUAGCUGCCACACUAGACACGACCGUUGCAACCAUCAAUCAGCAAGAUGACGACCCAGAUGCUCUUCCAGCUGAUAUACUCCCCACGGAUAGCCAAGACGUCAAAAUCAAGAAGUGGAACCUCUGGAUCAAUCAUUACUGGCAAGAAAGAGAUUGCAGGGUCCUGAUUCCCGAAGAAAUGCUCCAAAGACAUAACAACAAGAAGACAAUUCGAAGUCGGGAGUUGAAAAGUUACGGAAAGAAACGAAAUGGUGAGGUCAAUGAGCUGCUCUACGAGCUAGCCAAGAUAACUCGAAUGCAGCGGAAAGAUGCAGCGUGGGCGAAGAUCAAGGAAAACUGGACCAACAGGAAAGCAGGCACAAACGGGCACAAGGCGCUUUCGGCUGGAGAUGUUAAGUCCGCUCUUGAUUACUUCCGGAAUCUACCGCAGGGUGAAGGAGAGGAGUCUGCCGCUAGUGGUGGACUGGCAUCUGCGGUGACGUCAAGUGACUCUGAGCUUGAAGAUUAG